AUCUGGCAGCUCACUUAAGCUGAGGCCAAUAUAUACACAACAUCUUUCCCCUAAAAGGAAGCUACUGACACGGCUGUAACUCUAAGCUUCCUUCAAUGGCGGCUUCAACAGCAUUUUCCGGCUCCCUCACUUUCAACAUUUCCUCCGCUCAACACAAGACUUCCCGUCUCACCCAUCUUUCUUCCGCCAUACUCCCUCCCAAUGCCCGUAUCUACCCCUGCAAACCCCUUGUUUCUAGUUCCACUCCCUCACAAUCUCACCGAAUAGUCGCCCCUCUUCGAUCCGCCGCCGCGGCCGCCGACUCAAACACCACCUUCCACGGCGUCUGUUACGUCGUUGGCGACAACAUCGACACUGACCAAAUCAUUCCCGCCGAGUACCUUACCCUAGUCCCUUCCAAGCCGGAGGAAUACCAAAAGCUGGGGUCGUAUGCCCUAUGCGGACUCCCAUCUACCUACGAGACCCGAUUCAUUGACCCGGGCGAAUUCAAAUCUAAGUACUCAAUUGUUAUCGGGGGCGAUAAUUUCGGGUGCGGGUCCUCUCGUGAGCAUGCCCCCGUUGCCCUCGGCGCCGCGGGUGUGUCGGCGGUGGUGGCGGAGUCUUACGCCCGGAUAUUCUUCCGGAACUCGGUGUCCACCGGGGAGAUUUAUCCGCUGGAAUCCGAGGUGAGGAUAUGCGAGGAGUGCAAGACUGGAGAUGUGGUGACUGUUGAGCUGGGUGAAAAUAAGUUGAUCAACCACACUACUGGGAAGGAAUACAAGCUGAAACCAAUUGGGGAUGCUGGCCCCGUGGUUGAAGCCGGUGGGAUUUUCGCCUAUGCAAGGAAGACGGGGAUGAUCCCUUCCCGUCAGGCCUAGAAUGCUCAAACUGGUUUUGAGCGGUGGGUAGCUGUCAUGUAGACUAGUGAGAGUAACUUCCUUGAUCUUCUUUUGAAGAAGCUAGUUGCUGUCCUCCCCUAAGCAAGCUCAUCACUGGUUUUUGUAAUAGUUGUGCAACAAAACACUAUUCUGUGACUGGUUUUCUUGCACCUCGAAUGGUGUUGUGGUUAGUCUAUUUAAUUUAGAUUUGUGUUUUAGACAAUAAUAAGUGCAGUGCAUCCAUUUCUUAGAACUUCAUAAUCUUGACGGCCUCGUCCAGGGAAGCUUAUUUAAUUUCUUAUUUAAUUUGGUGGAACAUGCACCUUUAAUUAUGGAUAGUACCAAAUUUAUGUAUUUGCCAAUUCUAUGGGGGUUUUUUACAAGUUGUCUCGAAAUCGAUGGGGUAGAUUUGAACUACAAAUCCCACCCAUCACUUUGUUUU